UGUGUCCAAUUGGCAUUCUGACUCCGAAAGUGGUUGCGAACACACGUCCUCGCUUAGGCGAAAAUUUCUAGGCGAGUACUGGAUAGCCAGCAGCGCCUAAGUUAGUUCGUUUGAGAUCUCCAAAACCUAGUUUAACAUAUAGUAAUCAUGCAGUCUAUGAUUAUCCUCGCAGCCACACUGUGCCUAGCACAGGCUUCCUUCUACGCGGGUCCCCCAGCACACAUCCAGCUUAGUCCAGACGGCAAAUACCUGUUAGACACGCCUGAAGUAGCACACGCCAAGGCCGCACAUCUAUCAGCCCACGCGCAGGCAGCCACCAACGUGCACGGAGCGUGGGCCCCAGCAGGUGGGGCGUAUCUAGGAGCGCCCGCAGCGUACGCCGCGGGACACUACGGCGCUCCUGCCGCUGGUCUCAUCAAAUACGGUCCUGCGCCUCUCGCGCAUGACGGCCGAGUGGUGGACACACCCGAGGUGGCUCACCUGAAGGCUGCGCACGCCGCCGCUCAUGCUCAAGCCCACGCCAACGCGGCGCACGGACAAAUCGCUCCCUUGGCCCUCGGCCACGGAGGACUGUCGCCCAUCGGCUACGCUGCUGCUCCUCUAGCGCACGGCGCUGGCUACGCUGGCGGUUACGGCAAAUGGAACGGUCCUCAGGCCCACAUCCAGCUGACCCACGACGGACAAUACGUAGUGGACACCCCUGAAGUCCAGCACGCCCGGGCCGCUCACCUUUCACAAUACGCCGCCGCCGCGCAUGCCGCUGCCGCGUCCCCUGAGGAGCCCUGGGGCCAUGGCAACGGCUGGCAUUAACCUUCUACCUCUGACCCAGCUCAACUGCCGGACUGCCUUUUAUACAAAAUGUAUAUAAAAUCGAAAAAAAAAUGUAUAAAGUGAACGUGAAAUGUAUGCAAACUCUUGUAGAGCGAUGAAAAUGUAACUGAAUAAAAAAAAGUUAAUAAUGUUA